GAUGCCAUGUCGACUUGUCUGCACUACUACUACCAUGCCUUCACGUGCUUUCGGGGACCAAGCGUUGCCCCCAUCUCAACUCGACCUACCACCAUCACUGUGCCGUUCCCCUCCCCCCACAUACGUCAUACCACUAGGACAAGGGGCCCUACACAACAUGUGCCCACACCGAUAAUCACCCGCAAUGUCUCUGCCCAAACUGCCUACCAAUCGUCGAUUCCUAACCCGGCUAUUCAAUUCACUAGCACCACCACCAGCCCCGUCAUCACCUGAUGCCGCCGCCUCGCUCACCGACGACGACAAGCACCACCCCAACCCCCUCGAUAGCGUACCACCCGCGGUGAAGAAACAGCUACUUUCCUUGCAAGUCCUCUUCCCAACCGAAUUCGUUCCCGCGCUAGACGUCCUCGACCGCUGCCUAGUCACUCGAUUUCGCAUCCGAAACCAUCCGUCGUCUCCUUCUGUGCAUCGACAAGAUGGACACCACCAUGAAGACGCGGCGAUGCGACUAGGCGGUGACGACGACGACGAUGAUGAUGAAGAGAUGCACAUGAGUGACGAUGCAAAAAACAAAGACGCGACGCGUACAUUUACCACAAAACACACCUCCACCCCUCACGAAGAAGCAACAUCAAUACCCAUACAUGUCACAACCACAACCUCUGCUUACGACAACAUCACAAAAUCAACAAUCUACUAUGUCCAAUCCGCACAGCACCACCGCUCCUCCCGCUACUCUACUUCCUCCUCCUCCGACCAAACCCCAACCUACCAAGUCCGCCUCACAACCUGGUCCUGCUCCUGUCCCGCUUUUACUUUCGCCGCCUUCCCUGCUACCACCGAGUCUCCCUCCAUUCCCCUUGCUAACCAUGACAAUGAUGACGACGAUAACGAUGAAAAUAAUGACACAGUACAAGACCAUGCCUGGAUCUUUGGUGGUGCAACCCUAGGCGACGAUAUGCCUCCUGUGUGCAAACACCUCUUAGCCUGUCUACUCGCUGAAAAGUGUAACAUCCUAUUUGGUCGGUUUGUCAAUGAAAGAUGGAUUACCGUGGAUGAGGCGGCAGGUUGGGCUGCUGGAUGGGGAGAUUGAAAAAUCCUGUUUAGACGGGAUAUUACAGCAAACGCUGCUGCUGUUGCUGCUGCUAUGUUUCUGAUACCCUCAACCAACUUUUUUUUUUCUUGUUUCAUAGCAAAAAGGCAUUGAUUCAACGGAAUCAUACGAAUCAAGGAUAUACUCCCCUUUUUUUUA